AUGUCGUUCGUCAAACCUGAGCUACACCAUCGGAGGUCAUUCUCUAGGAAGUCUGAGAAGCGGAGAAAGCGCAAGACCUCGUCGACGGAUGUAUUAGAUAACGCUUUACUACCGGAUACUUCAUCUCCUUCAUCGAUAUUACAAGCUCUCCCCGUUGGAACUUCCGACUCUGCUCUACCUUCUCUAUCUGAAUCGCCGACAAGAUCCCCCUUAUCCCGGCGACGGAGUAAACCGGAGGACGAGAACAACGAAGAUACACCGAAUAAACGUCGGAAGAAGGAUCCCGAAUUCUGGUGGGAAAUUACCCGUGAUACUACAGUUCUCAAGCCUCUUCCAAGUUCUUCUGGAGAGGUCUCGAAAAGUAAAGGGUGGGCUACCACGAACUCUUCAUCAUCGGACGAAGAUAUUGGGGAGGAGUGUUUCCCUAUGGAAGAUAUACGUAUGGACUGCGUCUUUGUAUCGGAUGUUGAAAAACAGGAAAUCCACGACGGUAUUUCAGCAGCUGUCUCUGAAGAACAUAUUCUCCCCAUUCAAGGAGAUGCUCUGAAAGAGCUUUUCGACGCUAGCUAUGACCAAAGGCAGCUGUAUAACGACUGGCAGGGAGACGUCAUAAACACCCCCGAGGAAGAUGAAGGUGUCGAAGUUGAUAAAAACAAGGUCGAUGAGGCCGAGGAGGCGCAGGAGACAGAAAAGGAAGAAAAACCCGAAGAGCCUUUAGAAGGACAAAACAACGACACAGUACAAGUAGAGAAGGAUGAACAAGAGAAGGGAGGACAAGAGCAAAGUAGCCAACCGACAAAGCCUGCUACGAAGAGUCUAUCUAUCCCAAAACUGAAGGACGCACUUGUAACCCUCCGAGCUGGUGUCGGCAAAUUUUCCCUGCGGAUCAAAGAGGCCCAGGACAAAAAGAUCGUUCCAGACACAGAAAUCAAACCUAAGAGAUCGAGUACCUAUCGUGCUAUGCUCAUGCACAGAGAUUCGAACCAUUGCCUCAUCACACACGCUCGCGAUUCCUUGAUCGCUGCACACAUCCUCCCAUUCACUAUUGCGUCCCUGGCACGCUCCCAUCGAUUCUGGUCCUUACUCCGUCUCAUGCUGGGUCCAGCGAUUUGCGACCAACUCUUCGAAAGAUACGGUUAUAAGACAACCCGUCAUCAUCAAGGCAACAAAGGUAUCAAUUCACCAGAGAAUGGAUGGAUCCUUCGUUAUGACCUGGAUGGCGCUUUCUCUCGAAUGGAGUGUUAUCUCGAGCCGAUCCCAGACGAGCCAAACAAAUACAUCUUCAAAUGGCUUCAAGAACCAAAGGAACGUAUUCGCAUGAGCGUCUACCAUUCCAACGAAAAUAGACAGGACGAACUUCUCAAGAGCGGAGAAAUCAUUGACCUCACACCUGCUGAAACGCCAGAAGCCCAAAACAUCCCAAAUCAGGGCACCACGCGAGUAGUCCCACCGCCAUCUCGAGCACUUCUUCAAAUGCAAGCCGCGAUCCAUAAACUCGCCCAUAAAUUCCAGGGCCAAGCCGAUAUUUUCAACACUCGCUCCCACCCUGAUUGGGACUCUGAUUCUGUUUCUUCCAUCGAGGAAGAAUACGAGUUGCAUGAACGAAGUCGACAAUACGAGCUGGCGCAGCCACUCAAUGCCGACAACCACAUGUACUUCUGUGACAACAAAGUUGUGGAAUGGCUUCGAAGUGUCUCUCCAGAACAACCGGAGAAAGCCGGCAUGAAACGCAAGCGCUCAGACUUCGAAGAAGAAGUAGAAGAGGCGGAAACCCAACCACAAACCGAAAUCACUCUAGAAGCCGACAACCGGCCGACUAAACGAACAAAAACAUCACAUUUCACAUUCCCCAAACCUGUUUCGCAGCCCAUCAGGAAACCGAAAAAAUCCACCAAUAUGAGAAAUAUCAAAGUCGCCGCCGCGAAGGCAACCCCAGAAACGGGCCUGCUCUCCCCAGGCAUUACGAACAAGUCCGAAACGUCCCCGGAAGAAAAAGGGAGGACAAGACGUUAUAUAGCACGAGAAUGUAAGCGUGCUCUUACAUACGAGAGUAAUACGGCUACUCCGUCCGAAGGAACACAACAUGCUACGAAGCAAGUCAGCCCCGCCACCCCUGUCAGUCGUAAGCGGGGUCAUGCGAGUACGACAAAGGUGGCAGUGGGGAUUAGCACGAUGCAGGAAGGCGGCAAAGCCCGUGUUUCAAAUGGUGGUGUUGGGUCGAGGAAGAGAAAGAGGACAUAA